AAUUCAUAAAAAACAGUUGUCAUAAAAAUAUGAGUCUGUGUUUGUGUCGAUAAUGUCAAUGUAUGUGUAAAGUGCGAAUAAAUUCCGUUAAAAAGACAAAAUACUGUUUUUCAUUAAAUUAACUUAAUUAACAGCAUCAAAAAAGCAUAAUGGGAGAAAAAAGAUCACCAUCUGCUGAGUUUUUACAAUCCUGGAAUGAAUUCAUGUCAGAUACACCAAUAACCGAAGCAGAAUUAAAGAAACCAACAGAAGUUUUCUUCAGACAUUGUUUAAUUCAUAUAUUAAAUCAAUUACAUGUUGAUACAGCAAGUUAUGACAGCAUGAAUAAUGAAAUUGGAUCACGAUUGAGGAACUUACGCUUCAAAUUGAUGUCUUCUGUUAAUUACUUCCUUUCAAUUCCAACUUGUCAGAAGAAAAUGGAUCUUAACUAUUGUAAUCUCAUAAAUCCAACAUUCAAAGUUGUAUUCAAUACAUUAAGAUAUCUUCUUAAUUAUACAUUUUUCGUUAACAUGAUGUAUUCGAGUAAUAUUGUUGAAUGUGCUAAGAAGGUUGUGGAACGUGAUAACUUACGUACAAUUAAGAAUCAAUUAAGGAAGGAUAUAGAGCAAGCUAAAAUUGAAGAGGAGAAUUGUGUAAAGCAGUAUAGAGAUCUUGAAAAAAGGAUUCCACAACAAAACAGCACAAUUGCCACAUUACAGGAAAAGGAAGAACGACUAAAGCAAGAAAUUCAGAGAAUCGAACAGGACAUUGAAAAAACUGAUAUGAUCCUGCUGGAAUUAAAUUCACGAAAAUCAGGUCUUACAGAAAAUAUUGUAAAUGAUCAAGAAGCUGAGACAAUUUAUGCAAGUAGGGAAUCAGUAGAACGUCAGCUUUGUGAGCAAGAAGACUUUAUACUAGCUGGGAGACAAAAACUUAAGGAACAUUCAAGCACAAUUGAAAGACUUAGAACUAUUACUAAUGAUAUGAAAAAUAUUCAUUCAGAAUUCGUCUUUGAUACCAGCGAUUUAAAAGAAUUAAGGAAGAAUAAGAUUAAUUCAGAAGGGAAUCUCAACAGUCUUAAAAUCAGCAUUUCACAAAGCACAGCUGAAAUUGAGUCACUCACUCAAAAUAUCAAAAUUAAGCAGGAAAACAUAAUCAAGCUUAAUAAGAAAAAGGAUGAAAUUGAGGCAACAAUCGGUUCCAAAGAUAAAGAAAAUUUACAGAUUCUUAAGCAACAAGCUAGUAGUUUGCGUAAACUUGCCAUUAAGGAAGAUGAAUUAUUAGAUAUAAAAAUUAGAAUUAAACAUGAAUUCGAGUUGCUUUAUAAAUUCUCAUCAAACGUCAUAAAACAAAUGUGCACAUCCUUUUAUGAUUGUUAAAAUUACUUUAUUAUAAAUAUUCUCUUCAAUUAUAAAGCAUUUUGCGCGUCAUAUUAUGUAUCUAUUGGUUUUAAUAUCUAUUAAAUUUAUGUCAUAUUAAUAAAUUUGUCAUCUCUUCAUUUUUUUAUAUCUUACAAAAGUUACAAAUUCAAAAAGCACCUUUUUAUUGGAGAUAUUUUUACAGAUUGGUUGAUCAUCUAAACGAUUCCUUUGACACAAUUACAGAAUGUAAUAAAUAUGGUAAAAGAGAUUCUCAUUGUAUGUCAUAUGAAUAUAGAGUGCUGGAUAUAGAUUCUGUUACUUAACAACUAUCAUUCUAUGCCUUAUAAAGUAUUAUUUAAAAAUAAUCAGAGAGUUUAUUAUAUUGAGGAACUAAAUUUGAUACAUGACUUCACACUAGUCAUAUAGAACUGGCAUGAGAGCAUGUGAAAAAUAUUAGACAUAACAAAGACAACAGUACGAAAAAUGAGAUUUUCAGUUAACUUUAACAUAACAAGAAAAAAAUAUAUUUAAAUAUAAAGAACAAGUUGUUGAGUAGUUUGGACUAUAAGAAGUAGUUACGUAAAGGACUUGAUAUUUGUUCGGGAAACGGAAGUUUAAUAUUUGUCUAUAACUAAGAAUGAUUAUUAAAAUUUUCAUUUUGUAACGUGAUAUUUGUAACAUCCUUAACAAUCAAUUCAGCAACUUGCCAUGCAAUCUCUUCCUGCAUUGUAUCUUCUGGUAAAUGAACAAACUUUCUUACAGCAUUUUUCAGCCUAUUUUGUGUACUAUUCCAUUUUGAUUGAUCAAAAAUUGACUGAGGAUUCUCAAUGUCAAUUAUGUCAUUUUGUAAUUGGAAUGAUCUUGACGUUGGAAUAAAGUGAUUAUUUGUAGGCAUUACAAAAUCUCGUUCAUAUCUUCCGUACGCAUCAACUCUUCCAAAACUUAACUUUGAUGUUGAAUUAUGUCUGUGCCAUAAUAAAUCAGGAUCGACAAGCUGACGUGAAUCUAUUUGCAAAUCUGUUGAAUUUUUAUUGCUUCGUUUGUAAUCAAGACCUGCAAGAAGUGUAUUUUGUGCUGAAAUACUUCGAAGGCUUACUAUGUUCAAAAGACUCGGAAUUCGUACGACGAUGCUUUCCAUUUGAUGGAAAUUUAAGUGAAUAGCUUGAAUUCCUUCUUAUGAUUCCACUCGAAUUGUGCAUAUUCUUAUCACUUAUAUCAACUUUACUCAUAACUUCUGAUAAAUGUUUGAAAAAUAAUUGAGAUUUCAUAAAUCUUUUGAAGCAGUUCCGUUCCAGAUAUAAUUCAACAAUUUUAAUUGGUGUAUCGAAGCACGUUGGUGUUGAUGAGGAGCAAAUUUGUUCCUCAACUUUGACACGAAUUUUAUUGGAAAAAUUUAAUGGCGAUGUUGCCUGAAGAGAAAACCACUUUUCGUAUAUCACAAGUGCAUCCAUUCUUAAUUGGUCAUUAUUCAAGUCAUCACUUUGAUCCGAUUGCUUACGAAAAUUUGUUGCUGACAACCAGAAUUCCAAGUACGGUAUUUUACAAGGUUCGCGAUCUUGUUCUAAAAAUUCCAUGAAAUAAAACAGUGCUGAUUCACUGCAUAAAAUUUCUUCGAAACACAAAUUAUCACUUGUUAAUAUGUCAAUAGUGUAUUUACUGUAGAAUGUACUCUCUAAAAAUUCACUUAAAUAUUCUUUUUCCAUGACUUCAAAGACAUGAUUCUGUGCUUCGUCAAAUGCCUGCCAUAAAUUAUUUAAAUCAAUUUCUGUCUCUGAAUCAUUGCCACAGAGAGCUAAAGACAAUUUUGAUAGAAUUAUUGCUGGCAAUUCGACUAAGUACAUAGAAUCGGUUACUAAGUACUUUCGGUAAAUUCUCAAUGCAUCCUCAAGAAUUAAAGGCUUAAAUUUCCUUGAUUCAUCAUUUUCACCAUUUCUAGUAAUACUAUUGUUGUUUGUUUCUGUUGGAUCACAAUCAUCCUUCUUGCGAUUAUUCUCGCAUAUUUUUGACUUUUCAUCGUCAGUAAGUGAUUGUGUCAUUCGCUCGACAAUUUCAGGCGUUCUUGAAUUAUCAACUUCAUCUUCAAUAUUUGAAUGAGUUUCUUCUGUCUCAUCAAAAUUGCUAAUGCUUGUUGUCGUCGAUAUCGAAACACAAUCAUAAUCUCUAAAUGUAUCACAUCCAGUGUCUAAAGAUUUCCUUCGGAUAUCUUUUUUCGUAUUAUCAUAAUUACUGACUCGAGAUUCAGCACGAUCUGUAAAGACACUUGAUGUUGUAUCACCGACUGUUUUAAAUGUCUCGACAUCAAGCCAGAAUUUCACUAAAGGCAGUCCGUUUUUUGAUUCGAGGUAUUGUAUAUAAAACGAUAAAAUUGCUUUAUCGUUUAAAAUGUCCAGAAGAUUCCUGUGCAAUUUUUUAUCGCUAUUAUGCGUGCUAG